AGGUAAGACUCCCCAAAGUCCAAUUGCGAAGGUUGGGCAAUUCGUUAUUCAUGUCCAAGUACAAACAAGAAAAUGUCGCAUGUCGACCCUCAACUUUCUCCGAUGUCAGAAGUUGACAUGGGUGCAACUCAUGUCGUUUCGGAGUAUCAACUGCUCGUUCGAGAGCAGUCGCGCGCACUCCAGCAUCUGACUGAGAAGCUGGUACAGCGUGAGUCUGCGGCGACUGAUGCGCGCAGUACCAUGGACACGCGCAGUGGUGGCGUCAGCGUCUUCGAGCCUGUGCGAGGGAGCGCCGUGAGCACUCCCAUCCGGUCGCCCACUCAGGCAAACUAUUCGCUUGUGGAGGAGCUUCACAGCUACAAUACAACUCCAGCGCAUUCCCAUGAGCCAGCGCGUGGGGUUGUCUCAAGAACGCGCGGCACUGUGAAAAGAGCGAGCUCGAUUUCGAGACGACCCUCAAGGAGCCUUAGCGGGCGACGGACAAAAGCCCGGGAUGAUUCUGAUGUGUAUGGGACCAAAUUUGGAGAAGCCGGGCGCGAUCCUAGUCGAGUUUCUUCACCCAGUGCUGCAGUGGGGCAAACGAUUGCUCGACUGGUUCGACUGCUGGGCAAGCAGGAGAAGGAAUUGGAGACCCUGAAAACAAUCAGGGAUCUCUCCGAAGCACGUCGUGGCUUCCAAAGCGAAGCGUCGUGGCUUGGUCUCGGGACCACUACGGAAGUCCUAUAUGACACCAAGGAAACUCAGAAUGACGAUAGAGAGGUAUCAUUUGGUCUGAUCAUUCCCGAGCAUACGCAAAGCGAUAUGAUAUCCUCAAAAGGGUGUGAAACUCCGCCGCUGAAUUCGACAACACGACAGUUUGCACCUCUUACGGCACGUGGGACAAGUUUGGCAAGGUCUCCACGAGUGCAAAGCAGCGUUCUGCAAGCAACUGGACACGAUGCCGAAGCCACAGGAGCUGGAGGUGGUGAGGAUCCAUGCUUUUCUGGGAGUGACGCAGGUAUGAUUUUCUCAGACAGUGGCCCUGCAGCGCGUAAAAGUUUACCUUUCCUUACAACUGCGGACCGGGACUCCACCGACAAUGCCGGCAUCGGAAGCGCCGCUGCUCGUGAAACCUCUUCCCUUGGCCUAGUCUCUGAGGUAAAACGACUCGAGCGCGAGCUCAGAUUGGCACGUGAAGAACACGCGGAAAGCAUGCGCGUCUCUACCGCGUUGCUUAAUGAAGAGCGUGGCCGCCAGAACUUGCUUGAGGACGGGCUGCGUGCCGAACUUCGCGAGUCAGUCGCGGUGCUGGGUCAGAUCACAGCAGAACGCGAUGCCGCACUUGAAGAUAACGCAGCAAAAAGGCGUGAGCACGAAUCGACUCAAGCAGAACUCAGUGUCUUUCGGCGCGACGCAGCGGCGGCUCUGAAACAAGCUGCGCUGGAGCUACAGACCGCUGACGCUCGAGCUGUUUCGAAAAUCGACGCGGAACUCGAAAAAGAGCGUGCUAAACACGCUCUGGAGCUCGAAACAUGGAAAAUGCGGUUGCGCGCAGAGCUCGCGCAACAAGCAGCGGAAUUCAAUGCAAAUGCCAUGGCCGAAGCACAACAGGAGACGGCACGCCGUGACGCGAAAGAGGAAGGACUGAGAGCGCAAGCCCAAAAGAGUGAACGGGACCUUUCUCAAAAACUUGUAGCAGAGUGCGAGCGGCGCUUGUUGGAGCGCACGGAAGAACUGCAAGCCCG